CUCUUGGUGACUGCAUAAAUAAAAUCUGUGCUUCUGACUCAAAGCUGCAGCCAGUUAUUGGAGUCAGGAGGACGAGCACCCAACAUCACGCUGACCACACCACAGGAGUGACAUUCUGCAGGGAGACAAUGAAGACGGAAAACUUUAGAUAACAUUCAAUAACCAACUGACUGAUUGCCAUCUGACUUAGACUUGCAUCUUUCAUCAGCUGAAUAUGGGGGAAACUAAAGAGUCUGGAGUGGAGGAGAGACCCAAAUGGGACAACAAGUUUCAGUACCUACUAACGUGCAUCGGAUUCGCAGUAGGACUUGGGAACGUGUGGCGGUUUCCCUACCUUUGCCAGAUCUACGGAGGAGGAGCUUUCCUGAUCCCCUACCUGAUAGCGCUGGUUUUUGAGGGCCUGCCGCUGCUCUACCUGGAACUGGCUAUUGGACAGAGGCUCCGUAUGGGCAGCAUCGGAGUCUGGAACUCCAUCUCUCCUCUGCUGGGUGGAGUCGGCAUUAGCUCCAUGCUGGUAUCGUUCCUGGUGGGCAUGUUCUACAACACCAUCCUGGCCUGGGUGCUUUGGUACUUCUUUCACUCCUUCCAGAACCCGCUGCCAUGGAGCACUUGUCCUGUCAAUGAAAACCAGACUGGAUACGAUAGAGAGUGUGAGAAGAGCACUCCGGUGAAUUAUUUCUGGUACCGUGAGACCCUGAACAUCACACCUGACAUCGAGGCCAGUGGUUGUCUGCAGUGGUGGAUGGUCGUCUGUCUGGCCACUGCCUGGAGUGUGGUCUUCAUCUGCUUCAUCAGAGGCAUCGCGUCCAUGGGAAAGGCGGUUUAUGUAACAGCCACAUUUCCAUACCUGGUGCUGACCAUUUUCCUGGUUCAGGCCCUCACUCUGCCUGGAGCUACUGAUGGGUUAACCUACCUCUUCACUCCUGAUUGGGAAAUACUGAAGAACCCACAGGUGUGGCUGGAUGCUGCCACCCAGAUCUUCUUUUCUCUAUCGGUGGCGUUUGGAGGUCUCAUAGCGUUCUCCAGCUACAACGCAGAGAGAAAUGACUGUGAGAGGGAUGCCGUUCUAGUAGGAGUAAUAAACAGCGCCACGUCUCUCUACGCAUCCAUUCCCAUUUUUUCCAUACUGGGAUUUAAAGCCACUAAUGGAUUUAACGCUUGUCGACAAGAGAACAUCUUGACGCUGACGAACCACUUUGAGUUUUCAGACCAGAACAUCACAUUGGAGAACUACGACCACUGGUUUCAAUUUCUGAGUCACAUAAAUCCAGAUGUUGUUUCCAAUUUGUCCCUGAGGGAUUGUGUUCUGAAAACCUUUCUAGACCAGAGUGCUUCAGGAACUGGUCUGGCUUUUAUAGUCUUCACUGAAGCGGUCUUAGAAAUGCCUGGAUCUCAGAUAUGGGCCAUACUGUUUUUCGUCAUGCUCUUUAGCUUGGGUCUCUCCUCCAUGUUUGGCAACAUCGAAGGCAUCCUCACCCCCAUCAGUGACCUCAAACUGAUCCCCAAGUGGAUUCCCAAUGAACUUGUGACAGGAAUCAUUUGCUCAAUAUGUUUCUUGUUGGCCCUCAUCUUCGCCCAGGGUUCAGGCAACUACUGGGUGGAGGUCUUUAACAGCUACGUGGGCUCCGUACCUCUGCUCAUCAUCGCAUUCUUUGAGAUUAUUGGAGUCAUUUAUGUCCAUGGAAUGAAAAAUUUCAGUGAAGACAUUUAUUUCAUGACUGGGAGGAGGCCAAAUAUCUUCUGGAAGGCGUGCUGGAUGGUGAUCAGUCCACUCAUGCUGCUGGUGGUAUUAGUUGCUUAUGUGGUCGUCCAGGCACAAACAUACCCCACCUAUCAUACAUGGAACCCAGACUACGAUCAGUUCCCUAAAACGGAAGUGAAGUCUUACCCUGACUGGGUUUUUGCUAUAAUCGUCCUCCUCUGCGUUGUUCCUGUGGUUUCCAUCCCUCUGGUGGCGCUCUACAAACUGAUCCGAUCCAGAACCACAUCAUCAACACAAGUGGAGCUGAAUCCCUACUGGAACGAAGGCUUCGAGGUCGAAGCACAAGAUCAGAGGAAACUAAGAGUUUCAUAAAGAGCAGAAACUCAACAGACCCCAAAUAAUUGUAACCUUUCCUUGUGCAUCGGCGUAUUAAAACAUCAACAUGUGUACUGUACUAAAUAACUGUGGGAUUCAUGUAAAUAACUGAUUCUACAUCUCUCCUGUUUCCUUUGUGAGGAUAAACCAAAGGUCAGCAGCUGAGGCGAUAAACCUGCUGUGACACAGUAGCUGCAAGUUUUCAGGUUCGUUCUGUAUUGACUUCCUCAUAGCGAGUCUUUAUGACGCGGACUUAUCCCCUAAAUGUUAUCUUCGAUGACUCAGGAGUUUUUAUCGGUUUCCUCAUAUGUCAGGGAGAAACGGAUUUAUUUGGUAUCCUGACAGGUGAGACAAAUCCAUUUUAUGUUUUAGUUUGACUGAAAGUAAUGAGCUGGUUAAAUGUUUGAUAGGCAGCGUCGUGUCCGUAGCUAAUCAAACCGUUUAGCUUAUUUUAUCUAGUCGUGAUCUGGUAGGCAGUCUAUGAUCGGAUGGUUAGGAAGUCGGACGGCAUCUUGGGACUGGAGGCCUGUCGAACCCGGGCCAGGCUCAGAUCCCCCAAACGUCUCUCCAGGCUUCGCUUCCCUGUCAGCAGGAUGAAAUGAUGGUUAGGACAUGUACAGAGUUCUUAUUGGAAAUAUGUUUGCAUCCCUCCAUCAUAUGCUGCUACUACCCUUAAUUCUAUUGCACAAUGCUCUAUCAUUUUCAAAAAUCGCCUGCACUGAUAGCUUAAUUACUUAUUCACCAGGAUACAGUCAUGUAUUUUAUUUGUUGAGUUAUCUGAGUAUUUCUCUUGCACUAUCCUAUUGUAUACUACUGUACACUAUUUUUACUGUAUAUAUCGUAUAUCUUAUAUCUGUUUCACCUGUUCCUUUGUCUCUCCUACUGCUUUGAGCAUGUACAUGACACAACAAUUUCCCUCGGGAUAAAUAAAUAAAGUUGUUCUUAUCUUA